AUGCUGUUUGAACAAAGCAUCCUGGGCAUUCUACCAGCAGGGGCUUUUCUGAUUGCAUUCCCGGCCGCACUCUACCCUUUGACCAAGAGUCGUCCGCGAACAGAGCACAACUUGAUACGAGUCCUAAAAACUGUGGUCGCCACUCUCUUCGUGGCAAUACAAGUCGUCUUGCUGGUUCUGUGGGCUCUUCAUAAGAACAUUCAGACGAAAGCCUCGAUUCCGUUGGCUGCGAUCAAUUUGUUAGUCGCAAUCCAGCUCGUCGCAUUGUCAUGGAUUGAGGAUGUCCGCUCGGUAAAACCUUCUUCACUACUGAACACGUAUUUACUAUUCACGUUGCUAUUCGACCUGGUUCAGGUCAGAACGUUGUGGCUGCAAGGUAUACAGACUACCUCCAUCCCGGCCGCUUAUACAGCUGCCGUGGCGCUCAAAACAGUCUUCCUUUUGCUGGAAAUGCUGGGGAAAAGACGGUAUCUCAAACCAGCAUACCGUGAUCUCCCACCAGAAUCAACAAGCGGGGUGAUCAACCGCAGCGUGAUGUGGUGGAUUAAUGACUUACUUUGGCGCGGGUUUCGCUCAUUGCUUACGCUGCAGGAUCUAUAUAGCUUGGAUGAAGACCUCAAUUCGGCGGAGCUUGGGGAUAAGGUUCAGUCGAUAUGGCAUCGCCGAGAGAAACCAGAACGCAGUUUUGAAUUCCCAUGGAAAAUGUGCCAGGCUAUGCGAUGGUCACUCGCCUCUACAGUGUUUCCGCGUCUUUGUUUGAUCGGAUUCACUUUCUCUCAGCCGUUCCUAAUAUCUGCAAUUCUCAAAUGGGUUCAACAAGAGGACACUAACAAAAAUGAAGGCUAUGGGCUCAUCGGUGCAACGUUUCUGGUUUACCUAGGACUCGCCAUUUCUACUAUUCUUUAUAACCACAAAUUAUACCGCUUUAUCACCAUGUUUCGUGGGGCAACUGUGUCGCUUAUUUAUAGGCACGCGCUUCUCCUUCAAGAUAACGAUUUGCCGGACCGCUCUACAGCAAUCACCCUGAUGGGAUCUGAUGUUGAUCGCAUUUCAGCCUGUUUAGUAAAUCUGAACGAAUGCUGGGCUCGCUCCAUUGAGGUAGUAAUUGGUAUAAUAAUUUUAGCCUAUCAAAUUGGAUGGGUUUGUGUCAUGCCGAUUGCGGUUGUAGUCGUUUCAAGUCUUGGAUGCAUUCAGGUUUCUAAGCGAAUUGGCGGUCGACAAAGGAUCUGGAUUGACGCAGUACAGGAACGAAUAGCAAUAACCAGUUCAAUAUUGACUGAUAUGAAAAGUGUGAGAAUGAUGGGAUUAAGCUGGCAUUUCACUAAAGUGAUCCAGGGGAAAAGAGUAACUGAAACGCAUCGAAUGGCUGGCUUCAGAUGGAGUAUCGUAUGGCAGAACGCGAUUCAGAAUCUACCCUGGGCGAUGGCACCUUCGCUUACCUUCACAAUUUACGCGGUAUUAGGCAAUUCAAUGGACCCUUCGAGGGUGUUCACUAGUUUGUCUGUGAUCACACUCCUUACGAAUCCUGCUGCAAAACUUUUCAGUGCUAUCCCUUCGACGGCAGCAUCUUUGGGCUGCUUUCACCGUAUUCAGGCCUUUCUCACCAUGCAGCCUAACUGCUCAAAUCCUCCAGCUGUUAACCUAAGUCCAACUGGCAGCUUUGAGACUGAAAAGAUCUCUAAGAAAUUUGCUGUAUCCAUGCAUGGUGUUCAUAUUAGCCCUGCCAUGGGAACGGAUUUUAUUCUGCGAGAUGUGAAUAUCAGAAUCCUUUCUAAAUCCUUGGUUGUACUUUGCGGCCCUGUUGCUUCCGGGAAAACCACACUUUUGAGAAUGAUACUGGGUAAAUCUUAUCAUCAGAACGGGUCAAUAUUUGUAGCGCAUGAUCGGGUCGGAUAUUGUUCACAAGUACCUUGGCUUCCAAAUACUACUAUCCGGGAGGCUAUCUGUGGAAUCACGGACACAGAUAAGCGGGAUGGCCAACAUAUGGAUAUACAAUUCUACAGAACGGCUCUACAAGCAUGCGCUCUUGAUGAUGAUAUCGAAUUACUUCCCCAGGGUGAUGAUACUCGCAUUGGAAGUGGCUCUAGCGCCGUGCUCAGUGGAGGCCAGAUGCAUCGCGUUGCUCUUGCUCGCGCCAUAUAUUCUCGUUCAGAGAUGGUGCUUUUGGAUGAUAUAUUGAGCGCACUUGAUCCCAAGACCGUGAGAAUCAUUACACAAAGAGUAUUUGGUAAAACUGGUCUUUUCAGGAAGUUAGGUACCACCGUGGUUCUUGUUACGCGUGAGACUGCACUUUUUUCUCAAGCAGAUAUAGUAUAUACUGUGUCGAAUGGAUCUGUGCGCAAGAAGCAGUCCGAUGAGCAAGCCCUUGAUACAGAGCAGCCUUCGAGCGGUAACGAUGUUAACGAAGGGAAAGCUCAAGAUAGGGAGGCAGCUUUGAAGAGAGAUGCAGCCCAAGCAGCAAAGGAUGACAGACUGCAUGACUUAAAAAGAGCUACAGGUGACUGGGACAUUUACAAGUACUAUUUCCAAUCCAUUGGUUGGUGUAAGCUUUCUAUCUUCCUCACAUUCGUCAUAGUUAACGUCUUUUGUAGUACUUUCAGCCAAAUAUGGCUCAAAUGGUGGGCUGAUCGUGGCGGGGACCAAAGAGCACUGUUUGUGAGCGUUUACUUUGUGCUAGCAAUUUUCAACUCCAUUGGGAACGGCGGCUAUGUCUGGGCAAUGAUGGUUCUCAUAUCUCCCUCAACUGCACGUAAACUCCAUUACACUCUAUUGAGGACUGUUAUGAGAGCUCCUCAAUCAUACCUUUCGGCAACUGAUAACGGUAUCAUCCUGAACCGCUUCAGUCAGGACAUGACCUUAGUCGAAGGACAACUGGCAAUCAGUUUACUCAUUACUGCUUCGAAUAUUUUCACAUCCAUUGCUACAGCAGCCUUGAUAGCGACUGGCUCAUCUUAUAUGGCCGUUACGAUUCCGUUCUUAAUGAUCGCUGUAUUCAUUCUCCAGCAUUUUUACUUGCGAACAUCGCGACAGCUUCGUCUUCUGGAUCUCGAGACUAAAAGCCCUCUAUAUUCCCAUUUUCUUGAGAGCGUUAAUGGCUUGACGACUAUUCAAGCUUUUGGGUGGCAGCGGGAGUUCGUCGAGAAGAACCACAGGCUCUUAGAUAACUCUCAACGACCAUAUUAUCUGCUUUAUUGUAUACAGAGGUGGCUGAGCUUGGCGCUGGACUUGAUUGUCACGUCUGAGGCGGUAAUUCUUGUUUGUAUGGCUGUCACCAUAAGAAGCUCCAGUAGUGCGGGCCUUUUGGGAGUCUCUCUGAACAAUGUAUUGUCCUUCAGCAAUAGUCUCUCAUCCCUGAUUUCAGGUUGGACACAGUUGGAGAUUUCCCUCGGAUCGAUUGCUCGUGUGAAGAAUUUCGAAACUCAAGUCACUCCUGAAGAGAUAGGUAAUGAGAAGAAUGAACCUUCACCGAACUGGCCAGAACGAGGUGCGAUCUCUUUCCACGGAGUGAACGCAUCACAUAGUCCUGGUAGUGCAGCCUUACAAGGUAUAUCCUUUGAUAUACAACCAGGUCAGAAGAUUGGUAUCUGUGGGCGAACAGGAAGUGGAAAAAGCUCUCUUUUAGGGACAUUACUCGGCAUCCUAGAGGUUGAAGAAGGGCGCAUCUUCGCUGAUAGAGUCGAUCUCAACAGCAUUCCACGGGAGACGAUUCGAGAGAAAUUGGUCACAAUCCCUCAAUUCCCCCUCGUGGUGAGUGCUAGCUCAGUGCGAUCCAACGCUGAUCCCGAGGGCCUCCAAACAGAUGCAAAGAUCAUUGCAGCCUUACAAAGGGUACGGCUAUGGGACAAAGUCAAAGGUCAAGGUGGACUAGACGCUACGAGCAUUAUAUCUUCGCUCUCCCGAGGUGAGCAGCAAUUGUUUGCUGUAGCGCGAGCUCUUCUCAAGGUUCAAGUGAAAGAUUCCAAGAUCAUACUUCUUGAUGAAGCUACGAGUAGCAUUGAUCCGGAGGCGGAGCAGAUGGUCAUGCAGAUCCUCAGAGAAGAGCCAUUUGCUAGUCGCACAAUUUUAAUGGUUACCCACAGCCUUACUACAAUACUGGGUUGUGAUAUCAUUCUUGUCAUGGAGGAGGGUCGGAUUGUGGAGAUGGGCUGUCCAAGCGAUCUCCUACAAAAGCCGAAUAGUAAUUUGAGUCUUUUGCGAGGAACUGGAAGUCAUGAUUAGGAUAAAUUCUGUGUCGGCGAUCAGAGUUACCGUGAUAGGUCAGCCCACAACGGCCUACAUCAGGUCAAUCAAAAACAUUUCGAUACAAGUCCUCGAGAACUCACUGGUA